AUGUAUUCCAACAGAAUAGUGAGAACAAAAGUGUCCUCAGACUUUCAAAAUACUUGUUCUUCCAGUUUUAAGAGACAGUAAUUCCAUACAUAAACCGGGUCGAUUUCACCAUGCAGAAUUACAGCUGACAACUUUUGUACUGCUAAAACAUAUACACCUGCUUAAAGCUAAAAUGACAAAGGAUAAUAACUUAAGAAAGUGCAGAUAGAAGCAUUUAUUGCAGAAAUUGAAAAACUAAAUGAUGUCUUAAAAAAGAAAGUAAACUUGAUUCAUGAUCUUACUGUGAAAUUGAAUGCAAGUGAAGCAAAUUUGCAAGAAAAGAGAGAUGAAUAAUCAAGUUUAAAAACUACAUAUUAACGUUAAAUUGAAGAGCAGUAAUAAAAAAUUGAAGAGCUGUUACUAACGAAUCAACAACUUAAGCAGACAAAUAUUUAAUAACAAUAAGAGUUAGAAAAUCUAUUUCUUCAGAUAGAAUAAUAUAAUAAAGAAUCUUAGAAACUAAAAGAAACUCUUAAAAAUUCAUAGACUAUUCACAAUGAAGUAGAAGUCAAACAAUUGAGAGUAGAGUUGAAUAAUUAAAAGUAAGAAAUCACGAGAUUGCAAAUUUAACUUUUGGAGGAAAAAAAGGAGGCGAACUUAUUAAAAUUAUAAAAUGAAGAACUAAACAAUUAAUCAUAAAUUAAAUUCCUUGAGAAUACCUUAAAUGAUCAACAAAAUACUAUUGAUAAUCAAAAAUAAUGCAUAGCUCAAUUAAGGAAAACUAUUAAUUUACUAGAGUAGAAUAUAUCUGAUUAAUUUAUGAGUGAGAAUUCUUAUAAUCAACUUGUCAAUGCAUUUAAUUCUUACAAGGAUCAACAGAAAGAAUAAGAAGCAAAGUUAAGUAAAUUGUUAAAGGGUAAGGAUUCUGAAAUAAUGGAUCUUAAAGAUAAUUUUUAAAGUUAAUAAGUCUAAUUGGAAUAGUCGAAUCUUUUGGUUAUAUCUUUAUAAAAUUAAAUUGAGAAGCUGAAAAAUAUGAUGAAACUUAAAAUAGAUGAUUUUGAUCUCAAGAAAUUUGAGAAUGAUUAAGCACUUUAGUAACCACUUCAAUAACACAAUAAAAAUCAUAGUAAAAAAAUAAAUAAAGAUUAUAUUGGAACCCCAUAGAAUCAUGCCUCUUAGCACCAAUAGAUAAAUUUUAUAAAAGAAUAAUGUAGACAUAUUCCAAUGUCAAGCCAAAACUUCGAAAAAGAAUUAUCAUCUUAUAAAAACAAAAUGAAUAGUCCAUCAAAUAUUAAAUUUAGAUAAGAGGCUAAGGAAGGAAUUUUCAAUAAAAAAGUGUGUUGA